CUGACGGAAAGCUUUACCAACCUCCUGGGUGUCUCGUUCACAGACGACCUUGUAAACAAUCAGUUAGUGGGCAAUGGAGACGCAGUUGACGUAGUGAAGGGACAUAACAAUGAUGACGAUAUGGUGCAGGGGGAAAGGGGAAAUUAUCAAGUUGAAAAAUUAGUUUCUGAAGACUUAAAUAAAGAGUCUGAAGUCAACAGCAACCAUCUCAAUAAUCCAUGUCCCAUGGGAAAUAUUUCAAACAACGAUCCAGUGAACCAUGUAGAACUUGAAUGUAGAACAGGGGAUGUGGUGGAUGAGGCGAAGACAAGGGAUCAACUAUUUAGCUUUGAAUCGAAUGACAUAUUUGCCGACAUGAAAAAAUGCAGGCCUCGUGAUGAGGAUGAGAUUGAUGAUAAGAGUGCACAAAAUGAAUGUAUCGGGCGCUUGUUUGAAAAU